AUGUUUAAAGCUAUUGUUACAGAUAUUGAAGGAACAACAACAAGUAUUUCUUUUGUUAAAGAUGUAUUAUUUCCUUAUGCUUCAAACAACGUCAAUAACUUUUUGCAACGUUUUUGUAAUGAUGAAGGUGAAAUUGAUAGUGAAAUAAUAAAAAAUGUAAAGAAUGUUGAUGAUUUGUGUAAAAAUAUUAAAAGAUGGAUUCAUUUAGAUAAAAAAUUAACUCCAUUAAAAGAACUACAAGGUUUAAUGUGGGAAGAAGCUUAUAAAAAUGGUUCAAUAAAAGGUCAUAUUUAUGAUGAUGUUCUUCCUGUUUUAGAAAAAUUAAAAAAGAAAGGAAUUAAACUUUAUGUUUAUAGUAGUGGAUCAAUUAAGGCUCAAAAAUUAAUUUAUGGAUAUUCUGAGAAGGGAGAUUUAACAAAAUUAUUUGACAAUUACUUUGAUACAAAUAUUGGUCAUAAAAUAGAUUCUUUAUCAUAUAAAAAAAUUGCGGAAAUAAUUUCAUUACAUCCUUCAGAUAUUUUAUUUCUAACAGAUGUUGAUAAAGAAGCUUUUGCUGCAUCUGAUGCUGGUUUUCAAGUAAAAAUUCUUCAACGCCCCGGAAAUGCUUCAUUGUCACAAGAAGCUAUUGAUAAAUUUGAAAUAAUUAAUUCUUUUGAUAAAAUUAAUUUUUAA